AUGGCAGCAUCACUGGCAGUGACUCUGGCCCUCCUCGUCGCAUGCCUAAUCGGUUUGGGUGACGGCCUGACACUACGCGAGGCCCAGUCCGAUCCACAAUACUACAUCCUCUACAACCAGGAGCCCUUCAACGUGGGCAAGCAGGCCGGCGUGGCGAGUGUCGUUGUCUUCGGCACGCUGACCACCGUGCUUGCGUCGUUCGCCAUCAUCGUUCGAAUGUUCGUCCGUAUGGGUCAUUUAAAAAAAGCGAUUAUCCUGAACAUGUCAUUCCUCGGCAUUAUUGCUGUGGCACUGGCCAUCUGCCAAACGGCCUACGCCAUCACCCUGCAAGAGGGCAUGGCGGAUAAGGAGAAGUACAUUUUUUACGAUACCUCCCCCUUCAACGUUGGCAUGCACGCCGGUUUGGCACUGCUGAUCACCUACGGUAUUCUGGGAACCUUCACCCCAACUGUCAUGAUCAUCACUAAGAUUUUGGAGAAACGAAGGCAGCGCAGGAAGCGUACCAUGUCGCACUAG